CUUUCCUCUCCCUCGUCCUUCCGGUUGCCAGUGGUCUCUUCGAACAUAUAUUUAAGAAAAAUAAAAAUAAAAUUCGCAUAAACAAGAUUAAAGGAAAGCAAAAAAAAAAAAGAAAGAAAGAAAAGGAAAGAAAACAAUAAUGAGGGAUAGGGUUAGAGUUGAGGGGGAGAUAAGAUAGGAAUGCUAAUCUAGGAAAUAAGCCGAGAAGGAGAAGAUGCUAGGCGGCAAUCUCCAGUUCCAAGUGCUCUCCAGUGGGAGACCCCCUCCUCUAACCUUCUUCGGCUGGUCCCACUAUCUUCUUGAUCGAAGAUCCCGGACGAAUUCCAUCUCCUUAAGAUAUAGAUGCAUACCAAGGUCGAAAUCAACCAGUCAUAUAAUCAGAGCUCAAGCAUCCAAUGUCAAUAUCGGAGCUGGGAGCUAUGGAGGAGAACGAGAAGCAGACAGUCACAGGAAUCUAAUGGAUGGUUCCAUGAGUGAGACUUCAUCUAAACCAGAGAAACCUCUAUCAGGAGUUCGUUACCAGCUAUCUAUUGCUGCUGUGCUACUUGUGUGCACAGUAGCAUUUUCACUUGUUGUUUUCUUGAAGGGAGGCCAUUCUGCACUUGUCGCGGCGGUUGCAAAAUCAGGCUUCACAGCUGCAUUCACAUUGAUAUUUGUUUCUGAAAUUGGGGACAAGACUUUUUUCAUUGCUGCAUUGUUGGCUAUGCAAUACGACAAGGCACUGGUUCUAUUUGGAUCAAUGGGUGCUCUUUCACUUAUGACAGUCUUAUCUGUGGUAAUAGGACGGAUUUGUCAAUCUGUACCAGCACAGUUCCAGACAACUUUGCCAAUUGGAGAGUAUGCGGCAGUAGCACUUCUUACAUUCUUCGGUCUCAAGUCAAUAAAAAAUGCAUGGGAACUUCCGUCAGAUUUAAGUACUAAUGAUAAAGAGAGUUCUGACCUUGGAGAGCUUGUUGAAGCCAAGGAGCUUGUGAAGGAAAAGGUAGCCAAGAAGCUCACUAAUCCUCUUGAACUCCUUUGGAAGUCCUUCAGCCUUGUGUUUUUCGCGGAAUGGGGUGAUAGGUCAAUGCUAGCUACAAUUGCUCUGGGUGCUGCACAGUCUCCUUGGGGUGUAGCUAGUGGAGCCAUUGCCGGUCACCUUUUUGCAACAUCAAUUGCAAUAUUAGGUGGAGCUUUUCUAGCCAAAUACAUUUCAGAGAAACUGGUUGGUUAUUUUGGUGGAUUACUUUUUCUAAUUUUCGCGGUGGCUACACUUUUUGGAGUUUUCUAAUUCAAAGAGUGCAAACAAAAUCAUUAUUUAGCCUUCAAAGGAAUAAUCCGUGUUCCAAGAAAAAAAAAAAAUGUUGCAGCACAGCAGGAGAAUGGUUGGACGACCCUGAGGAAUAUGGUUUUCUCCAAGAAUGCAUGAGGUUGUACUUCAAAAUAUGUAUGAAAAGUAGUUUCUUUAUAUCAGAAUCUGGUUGCUACUGUGUUAUUGUAUUUGCCAAAGUAUUGUAUUAAUUCUUUUUAAUGGAAUGGAGAGACAUUAAUCAAAAGCUUUGUAUUGAAAUGCAUGAGCAAUUUGGUGU